UUGCUGACUCCAUGGCUCCAGGAACUGUGAUUCUGGAUCUGUCAAGCCGGAAUAAGACAGGUAGAGAGAGAGAUGAGUUGGGCUGAGGAGGACUGGACGGUGGGGCUAUCUGGACGGGUUCUGCAAAAGGUGAAGGAGUUGCAGGUCCAUCAAGAGCGACUGACCAGGGAGAACAAGCAGAAACAGCUGCAACUGGACAACAUCCAUACAGGCCUUGAAAAACAGAACUUAAAGUAUGAGGAGGUCCGUAGGGAGCUCCAGUGUCUGCAGAGAGAGCUCUGGGGUGUUCAAGAGGAGGCCAAGGCCGCAGUGACCACCAGCGAGCGCCUGACCCAAGAGAUUCAGACUAAGCAGGCCCUAGUAUGCACUUUGGAGGGCCAGGUCGAUGCUGCUCGCAACCUCAACAACAAACUCGCCCUCGAAAUCAAAAGGCUGGAGGCAGAGCUGCAGAAAAGCAGCAGAUCGGCAGAUACAACGCUGUUCUCUACACCCUGCUGGAAUACAACAUCCCCCUGGGAAGACAAUGGCAGUAGAAAGGAGGAGGGGCCAGGUUGUAGAGAUGAAGGACUCCAUAUUCGCCGGCUCCAGUUCUCUGAAGUUAGCUCAGCCUCGUUACCCCAACACCAAAACAAGAACACACCCCAUCGCCAUUCGUCGGACCAAUCGGACAUCUUCUCCACUCCUGUGGCUGUGUUUCCGUGGGAACAGGAUAACUCGAGGCCAGCAGCCAGGAGACCGUCUCCGAGCUCUCCCCAGACACCCUGCACAGAUGUCAUCAGUCAAGGCCUAUCGGAGAAGAGGGAUUGUGGGAAGAAGAAGGACCACGAGACGGACGAAUCUUUAACAGAGGCAUGGAGUCGUGUGACCGCUCUGGAGGAGGAGCUGAGUGUGAAGACCGGGACGCUGAAGUCCAUCCAGAGUGAAAUGGUGCAAAGCAAAAAGGAGCUCGGGGCCAGGGAGCUCAGCCUUCAGAAAGUCAGCAAUGAGCUCAGCCUGGCACACGCACGCACGGCCCAGGAGAGUGAGCGGGUGUCAGGAGCUGAACAAAGGCUGAAGCACAUCCAGGAAGAGCUGAAGUGUCAGAGGCAAAACACUGAGAGCAGCAGACUGCAACACCAACAACGCUUAAAGGAGCUGGAGAAACAACACCAAAGGGAUUUAACAGAGCUUCAAAAGGAGAAGCAGUGUCUGGAGAAGCAGCAUCAGCAGGAGGUGAAUAAGCGCAACGUGGAGCUGCAGCAGGCCAGGACGCUCCACAACGCGCUGCAGGCCCAGGCUGACAAGUUGUCUCUACAGAAACAGGCGUCUGACAAGGAGCUGGACACUUUGAAAGAGAAACUAAAGUGGACGGAGGGACAGCUGCAGGAGAGCCAGAAGAAAGAGGCACAGACACAAGCCAAACUGACGGAAGCUUUGCGUGAGGCAGAGGGUGUGGCAGUGAGUCUGGAGCAGAGCAGGAAGAGAGAGAGAGCUCUGGAGGAGGAGGGGAGGAGACUGGCAGAGGAGCGAGUUGACGCGCUUCGUCUUCUUAAAGAACUGCAGGAACAAAAAUCUGUCCCAGCGACCCCUCUUCAACCUGUCCAGUUUUGCCCUGUCGGGCAGAGUUUCUCCCCUCAACCUUCUUACUCUCUUCAUUCUCGACCAUCAACGCACAUCAAGAGGCCCGGUGUCGCCACCCAAGCCGACCAGAAGAGUGAAGAGGAUGUGGUCAAGAGAAGGGCAGAGAUUGCUGCAUCUUACCCGUCUGACAGAGAGCCGGGAGAAGGCAUCGACUCCGAACACAUCACUGACUUUAUUUCUCCAGACUCUGAGUGUUCACAAAGUGAAGAACACAAAAGUAAUGAGGUGGAGAAUAAAAGUAGAAAUGAGGCGAUGGAGAGCGACGGCUCUGGGACAAACAAGCGCUCCACAUUUGAUCAAGUGCUCUCUACUUCCUCUCACUCUGCUGCUGGUACGCCCACCAACACCUCUAGAACUGGUGAUCGUUGUGAGGCCUCUGAAGACCUCAAGAAGGAGAAUGCCUCACUGCGUUCAGAGCUACAUGAUGCACGUGAAGAACUGCAGAAACGACUUGAGGACUUGGAAGCCCAGCGACAGGCCGAGACAGAAGCCAGGACCCGGCUCAAACAACUCAGCCGCAAACGUGCCAACCAGGCUGUGGACAAGGAUGAGCUCGACAAGGAAUGGAGGGCACAGCUGGAGAGGGAGAAGGCUGAGACGGAGAGGUUGAAGAAGGCCAUGACUGCUUUGGAGACAGAGAUGACGAGAGGAAGGGAGGAAAGAGACGAGAGAGAGGAACAAGAGGAGAAAAACAAAGCACUAGAAGACCUGGAGAAUGAAAUGGUAAAACUUAAUAUCCAGCUAAAGAAACAGCUAGAGGAGGUGAAAGCUCAGCUGGCUUUAGAGAAAGAAGAGCGAAGGAGAGAGGAAGAGGAGAGGAACCAAAUAACCAUCACAGAGAUGGAUGUAAAGAAAGAGCUGAGAAUGAAACUGGACCAACUUAGAUUUGAAUUUGAAGAACUGAAGCACAGCCGAGAGGAAGAAUCACUGAAAGAGGAGAAACUCUCACUCGCCAGCAGCCCGCUGACAUACUUGACCCUCAACGAUGAUGAGCUCAACUCCAACAUUGUUCGCUGCGACAACAAACUCCUCCCUUCACCCGAGCAGCACCACCUCUUCUGCCAGAACACCAACCAACGCAACAUGCUUGUAUCUCAGACCACAGCGGUUCUUGUCCAGGAAGAGCAAACGGUGAUCGAUCCUGAGCGCGCUCCUCUGUCAGAUGAGGAGCAAGCGGGUGUCGUAGCCUCUGACGUGGAAGACGACAGACAAAACCUGGGAGGAUUUCCCCUGUCAGACCACAGGAGGUCACUUUCUGACCUCCAGCAGGUUGAGCCUGCCACCUCAGAUUUGACAAAAGAGGUAGAGCGCCUGCAGAAGGAGAAUACGAAGGAGACUGGACGUGCUAACCAGUACCAGGUUAAGCUGGAGGCCCUGCAGGGCCAGGUGACAUGUCAGACAAAGCAGCUCACCACGGCCUUUGAGAAGCAGAGUCAGCACAUCUCUGGUCUUCUGGCUGAGCUACAAGAGAAGGAGAGUAUCCUCCUCGUCCAGGGAGAGGAACUGCAGCGCUACAAGCAAGAGCUGGAUGCACACAAGGCAGAUGAAGAGGGAGAGGAGAAGAAAAGAAGAGAGGAGAUGAUAGUCGAGGAGGUGGAGGAUGAAGAACAAAAAGAAGAGACGCAAGAUGAGAGGUCUGUGGAGAUCUCAGGGCUUCAGUCAAACCAGAUAAGUGAGCGUCCAGUCGCCGUCCUCACUACAAACUCACAAGCAGACAGUGAUGCACAAAGAGGUGAACGAGAGAUUGUGACAUCAAAUGCUGAAAGAGCAACAUCUAUUCGUGGUGACUCGGACAAUGAAGCCCGGCGGUCAGAGGAACAGCAUCCAGGCUCUCAGGACAAGACUCGGGGUAGCCAUGACUCCGCUGGGUUGAUGGGUGAGACUGAGUGCAAUGAAGAUGGAGGUACAGCUGACAUGGUUGCAGAGCUGCUCGCCCUCCAACAGGAGAAUCUGCUGCUGAAACGAGUAAUAGAGGGCAUGGCCGUCGCUGACACCAGGACCCCGGCGUUACACACCGACGGUGAACAACAAGAAGACCCAGUCAAGCAAAGCCAAAAAACAGGAAAUGCUUAUCUGUCGUGCUCGGCGGAGCAGAGGUCACAAAGUGUGCCGGAUGAUAUCCCCACUGACGCGCAGCAGUCACUGCUUCAGGAUGUGAAGACGAUGAAAAAUGAAGGAGAUUUAGAAAUGGGAGAUUAUCGGGCUCCAAAGGCCAAAGAAGAGCUGGAGGCAGUGUCUGAGCUGCAGAUCAACCGCCUCCACCACCAGGUGGAGGAGCUGCAUAUGAGGUUACGGGCUCUCUCUGCAGAGACCAAGCAGCAGGCCGAGGAGCUUGAUAUGUGGAGACUGGCCUCCCAACCAGCCCCGACAUUGGACCAGUUCCUUCCAAAUACAGACAACCAGUCUGAGACCCAGGACCAGGUCUCUGCUGUCACACAGUCCCAGUCAAACCAGCAGCAGGCUGAUGACGUGAGCCAGGCUCUGAGUGUGAGUGUUGAAGCCCAGGCUCAGGAGCUUCAGGUGAGCCCUGGUGUUGUGACCAUCGUCAGAGAAGAUGAUAUAUUCCUCUCCGGCUCCUCCAACAAACUGCAGGGCCGCAUGUUGUUCUCAAGACUUCAGCACAGCAACCUCCCUGAACCAAAGAGCCUGGAUCCUUCUAAAAGGACUGCGGUGCUCCAGGAAUGUAAUCGGAUUGUUCAGGAAUCUGAAAAAGAAAACCAUGAGAACACCCUCAUGCAUCAGUUAAAUAGUCAAAUACACCACAAAGACAUGGGAGACACGGACAUUUUACAAAUGUUAUUUGAGAAAGUUGGUCAAACACAUGCCACCAAAGAUUCCACCAAAGUCUCAAGACCGAAGCAGACCAAAUCAGCUGAGUGUUACACGAGGACCCCUGAGGCCAUGUCCAAGGCGUCCAGACCCACCAACGAACUACAAACGACACACGAUGUCUCAGAAAUGAGAUGCGUCGGCAGUCAGACGGAGAAGAGUUUGCAUCUUCACCGUGCUCCAACAAGCUCUGAACUCCCCUGUGCGUACACUCAGACUGAGGAGGAAGAUGGCGAGUUGGUGGACUCCGUCUCUCCGCUCCCAUCAUCUGGAGAGGCAGGGUUAGGAGACGGAGCGUUGUUUGCGGGUUCCUUCCCCAUCCCGACUGAUCCGGCACGUCUGGUUGAACGAAUCCUCCGCAACCGGACGCAGCUGUCAGCCGCCUUUGACGACACCGAGUAUGAACCCUAUGGACUGCCGGAAGUUGUUAUGAAAGGAUUUGCCGACAUCCCUAGUGGUCCCUCGUGUCCCUACAUUUUAAGAAGAGGUUUGUUGGGGACAACUGUCGUACCUGUCGCUCAGAAAGACCAGAGACCAGAGGAGGAGACGGAUUAAAGUACAGCUGCAGCCUACAGGUCUGAUGGAGAGAGUGAUCGCUGUGGCUUGACCAAGAACCUCAGUAAUGGACAAUAGCUGCUUCAUCACCGGCAGCCUGAAGCACUGCAGACCUUCUAACUAACACAAGACCCGGUUUAAAAGUGCUGCGAUGGACCUUUGCAUGCGUGUGCAGGUAACUGGGCCUGCGCCGGCAGAAUAAACACCGUGGAUCUAAAAUGUCUUCAUGGUCACUAGUUUAUCCUCCAAUUGCUGAGUGGAGACUUUGCUGACCACCACAAUGCGGCCACUGUACACCACCUGUACAUUUAGGGUUAGAGGUAAUGAUGUCUGAUGCUAAUUAUUUAAAGUUUACAACCACUUUUCCAAAGGGACUGUUUAGUUUGACGAGUCUCAGCAUUAAUGUAUGGAGUGACACGGCCUGGUUGAUGCUUUUCAGGAGAACUUUGACUUGUUUUACAAAAGGGUGAAGCCAAGAGAGGCCUGUUGUAAAAAUGUGGUACAUUUUUUUCCCGUUUUCACUCCUGACAAGACUUAUUUAAUGUACGUGUGUAUAAAUAUAUAUACAUACAUAUGUGUGUACAUCUACGUUUAUGUAUACACACAUACACACAUACAUAUAUAUGUAUGUGUGUGGGGGGGAGAGAGGGGUGAGCACAUGUCUAUGACUCGGUCUGUGGUUUCCGCUCCAUGUAUGGUGAAACACUGCGCUCCUUCCUCCUCCUGCUGCUGCUGUGCUUCUGUCUGACACCAACAAGCGCUCAGUGGUCGAAUUCAUCAUAAACUAAUCAAUUGAAGCUUUAUUUUAUUGGCGCAGCAUACAGAUAGAUGAAGUUGGUGCAUUAUAUACAAUCAGAUAUAAUUUAUUUGAGUGAUUUGACACAUGCACAUUUGUGACUGUGCCACAGGCGACAGUUUGUACACUGUAGAUGUUGUAGAUACCUUUGGAGUUGACGUUCAAGUUUGUUUUAUGCCCUAUAACUUUGUUUGAGUGAAAGUUAAAGGAAAGGGUCAUAUAUUGUGCAGGUACAUAGAAAGAGUGACUAGUUGUUGUUGUCGAGGCUGAUAUGAAACGUUUAGACACCAGAUUGUUUUUGCUAAAUCUGUUGUCGAGGUUUGGUGACGUAGCGACGACUCGCAGGGCCGGUUGUAGUUUCGAGCCAGUCAGUAACGAUAGCUCCGGAGAUUUUAUUUUAGCUUGGUUGCUAUUCGCGAAUGGGACGAUAAGUUCAGUUUAUUCAAAAUGUAUUUGUAUUCAGACUCUGGUCUGAUAACUGCCUGCAGACCAUCACCAACCCCGGUGGGGUUUAAAUAAAAGUGAUCAGCGUUUACUUGCCGAGUUCUGAUGGAGGAACACGAGCACAAAGGGAGUCUUCAUCCUGAAAAGACAAAGCAACUUACGCCUGGUUCUAACUUCAGAAAUGGGGCUGAUUAAAAACACUGAAAUCGCUUUAAAAAAAGUUGACUUUGUGGCCAGUAUGAACAGUAGGAACAAUUCUACCGAUUAUACUUUAAAUCUUUAAACGCUUAUUGGUACGUGAGAAUUGUUUUGAGACUGACUUGAAAAAACUGCAAACCGAAUCUUUAAACCCUUGCUGAACUAUCUUUCAGUAAAGCGUUUUACUUUUGACAUAUUUGUGUGGAGUGAUUUAUUUGUAUGUGAACAUUUAAUUUAGUCGUAGUAAUUUGGUAGAGUCGUUCUCUUCUGGCCUUGGCUUGUUGACUCAGUGGGGACGGUCCUGACUUGAUGCCAUCGCCUUUCCUUUGCCAUGGUGACACACACACACACACACACGCUCACACACUCACACACUUCCCCUCCCUUUCAGCUGCCUUCAUAUCUCUGGGAUCUGUAGUCUUUCGGCAUUGACGGCCUCACUGUUUAUUUGUUACCUUGUUUUUUGACACUUGUGAAUCUUUCUGUGUUCAAAGCUACAAUAAAAGGUUCGCUCAUGAUUGAA